CUCUCUUUCUCUCUUAAAAAUGUGCUUCGUUUUACGAUUAUUCCGCGUAUUUUAUCUGACUAAUUUGGGAUAUUAAUGGUGUGUUAUUGCCAAUCAAUCUCUAUCUUCUGUCACCAAUUUUACGGUCAACUUAGUGUUUUAGUGGAAUAAAUGCGUUCUAUAUUUCAUCAUUGAUUUAUUUGAGGUUGAUGCAAAAGUAGGCAGGAAUUUAUACUGAUUGAUUUGAGGGUAAAAAGGCGAUUAGCGAUGGCUUUCAAGCCAUUGGAUUGGUAUUGCCAACCGGUGGCGAAUGGUGUCUGGGGAACAGCAGUGCAAAAUGCACUGGGAGCUUAUACACCUUGUGGUACAAACAGUCUUGUGAUUUGCGUGUCGCAUUUAGUUAUGAUGGGGCUUUGUCUAUAUCGAAUAUGGGUAAUCCAGAAUAAUGUGAAAGCUCAGAAGUUUUGUUUGAGGUCCAAGUUUUACAAUUACUUCCUGGCUUUGUUGGCUGGUUACUCUGCUGCUGAGCCUUUGUUUAGGUUAAUUAUGGGCAUUUCAGUGGUUAAUUUGGAUGGGCAGGCUGGUCUUGCGCCGUACGAAGUGAUCUCAUUGAUCAUUGAAGCUCUGGCUUGGCUCUCAGUGUUUGUCAUGACUGGCAUAGAAAUUAAAGUGUAUGUUCGGGAAUUCCGAUGGUUUGUCAGAUUUGGUGUCAUGUAUGCUUUGGUUGGAGAUGCUGUGAUGCUCAAUCUCAUGCUUACUUUGAAGGAGCACUAUGAUAGAUCGGUGCUGUAUCUCUACAUCAGUGAGGUUGUCGUCCAGGGCCUGUUUGGAGUACUUUUGUUUGUCUACGUUCCUAGUUUGGAUCCUUACCCGGGGUAUACUCCCAUAAGGCAUGAACAAAUUGAUGACAGUGAGUACGAGGAACUUCCUGGUGGAGAACUAAUCUGUCCGGAGAGGCAUGUUAACAUAUUCUCUAAAAUUUUAUUUUCGUGGAUGAAUCCCCUCAUGGAGCUUGGUUAUAAAAGACCAUUAACAGAGAAGGACGUAUGGAAGCUAGACACAUGGGAUCAAACUGAAACAUUGAUAAGCAAGUUCCAGAGUUGCUGGGUUGUGGAAUCUCGAAAACCAAAACCUUGGCUUUUAAGACCGUUAAAUCGUAGUCUUGGUGGAAGGUUUUGGUGGGGAGGAUUCUGGAAGAUUGGUAAUGAUCUUUCGCAAUUUGUUGGUCCACUUUUGCUCAACAGCCUACUAACGUCAAUGCAAGAAGGAGAUCCAGCUUGGAUAGGUUACAUUUAUGCCUUUUCAAUCUUUGUGGGAGUGGUGUUAGGGGUGUUAUGUGAAGCACAAUAUUUUCAAAAUGUUAUGCGUGUUGGGUACCGGCUCCGAUCUACGUUGGUAGCUGCAGUAUUUCGCAAAUCCUUAAGGCUAACUCACGAGAGUCGCAAAAAAAUUGCAACUGGGAAAAUAACCAAUAUGAUGACUACUGAUGCUGAAUCUCUCCAGCAAGUUUGCCAGUCCCUUCAUACAGUGUGGUCUGCUCCAUUUCGUAUUGUUAUUGCUAUGGUUCUUCUUUACAAGGAGCUAGGAGUGGCUUCAAUUGUUGGUGCUUUGAUGCUAGUUCUUUUGUUCCCCAUACAGACAUAUAUCAUCAGCAAGAUGCAGAAGUUGACCAAAGAAGGCUUACAGCGCACUGACAAGAGAAUCGGCCUUAUGAAUGAAAUAUUGGCUGCUAUGGAUACUGUAAAGUGCUAUGCAUGGGAGACUAGUUUCCAAGGAAAGGUCCAAACCCUACGAGCGGAUGAGCUAUCAUGGUUUUGCAAAGCGCAGCUACUAGCAGCGUUAAACAGUUUUAUACUGAAUAGUAUACCUGUUAUGGUAACUGUGGUCUCCUUUGGGAUGUUCUCACUGCUUGGAGGGGAGUUGACACCAGCGAGGGCAUUUACAUCUCUUUCAUUAUUUGCAGUGCUACGGUUUCCUCUGUUUAUGCUUCCAAACAUCAUAACACAGGUUGUAAAUGCAAAUGUAUCCCUAAAGCGCUUGGAAGAAUUAUUGCUUGCUGAGGAGAGGGUCCUUCUGCCAAAUCCGCCUCUUGAUCCAGCAUUGCCGGCUGUCUCGAUUAAAAAUGGAAACUUCUCUUGGGAUUUAAAGGCAGAGAAGCCCACACUAGCCAAUAUAAAUUUGGAUAUACCUGUUGGAAGCUUAGUAGCAAUAGUAGGUGGUACUGGAGAAGGAAAGACAUCAUUAAUAUCUGCAAUGCUUGGGGAGGUUCCUGCUUUGUCUUCUGAUACAAGUGCUGUCAUCAGAGGGACAGUUGCUUAUGUGCCACAAGUUUCUUGGAUAUUUAACGCAACUGUACGCGAUAACAUUCUAUUUGGAUCAGUAUUUGAACCUGCAAAAUAUGAGACAUCACUCAAUGUUACAGCCUUGAAGCAAGACCUGGAAUUGCUUCCAGGUGGUGAUCUUACUGAGAUUGGCGAAAGAGGAGUGAAUAUUAGCGGUGGCCAGAAGCAAAGGGUAUCAAUGGCUCGGGCUGUGUAUUCCAAAUCAGAUGUUUAUAUCUUUGAUGAUCCUUUGAGUGCUCUUGAUGCACAUGUGGGUCGCCAGGUUUUCGAGAAGUGUAUCAAGGAGGAGCUUAGUGGAAGAACUAGGGUACUUGUCACAAACCAGCUGCAUUUUUUGUCACAAGUUGACAGAAUCAUCUUGGUUCAUGAUGGUCUAAUUAAAGAAGAAGGUACUUAUGAGGAAUUGUCUGAGAAUGGAGUAAUGUUCCAAAAAUUGAUGGAAAAUGCUGGAAAAAUGGAAGAAUACUCAGAAGAGAAGCUUGAUGUUGAGAGCAGUGAUGAAAAGGCUCCAAAAGUUGUAGCAAAUGGAAAUUUAAAUGACAAAACAAGUGUUACAACUGAUCCACAAAAACCUAAAGAAUCAAAAUCUGUUCUGAUCAAGCAGGAAGAGCGAGAAACAGGUGUUGUGAGUUUGGAUGUAUUAAUAAGGUACAAAAACGCACUUGGAGGGACAUGGGUUGUUAUGAUACUUCUUAUGUGCUAUGUCUUCACAGAAGCUCUGCGAGUUUCAAGUAGCACGUGGUUGAGUGUUUGGACAGAUCAGAGCAGCCCCCACAGAUAUGGACCAGGAUUUUACAAUCUGGUCUAUGCUCUUUUAUCAUUUGGUCAGGUCCUGAUUACAUUGCUAAAUUCUUACUGGUUGAUUACUUCAAGUCUUUAUGCGGCUAAGAGACUCCAUGAUGCUAUGCUUAAAUCCAUUGUUAGAGCUCCAAUGGUUUUUUUCCAAACCAACCCGCUUGGACGUGUCAUUAAUAGAUUUGCAAAGGACCUUGGUGAUAUUGAUCGAAACGUUGCUGUGUUUGGAAAUAUGUUUUUGAACAUGAUGUCGCAGCUUAUAUCAACAUUUGUUUUAAUUGGAAUUGUGAGCACCAUGUCCCUAUGGGCCAUAAUGCCUCUUUUGGUCUUGUUCUAUGGUUCCUAUCUAUACUUCCAGAGCACAGCGCGAGAGGUGAAAAGGUUAGAUUCAGUCUCCAGAUCACCUGUUUAUGCACAGUUUGGAGAAGCAUUAAAUGGGCUAGCAACUAUCAGAGCCUACCAAGCCUAUGACCGAAUGGCCAAUAUCAAUGGGAAGUCCAUGGACAACAAUAUCAGAUUCACUCUAGUGAACAUGAGUGGAAAUCGCUGGCUUGCUAUACGUUUGGAAACACUUGGGGGUCUUAUGAUAUGGCUUACAGCAACUUUUGCUGUCAUGCAGAAUGGUAGAGCAGAGAACCAAGAGGCAUUUGCCUCUACUAUGGGGUUGCUUCUUAGUUAUGCCUUGAAUAUCACAGGGCUGUUGACUGGAGUGCUAAGACUUGCAAGUCUUGCAGAAAAUAAUUUCAAUGCAGUUGAACGAGUUGGGACAUAUAUUGAUUUGCCUUCUGAAGCCCCUCCUGUUAUUGAAAGUAACCGACCUCCUCCUGGUUGGCCUUCAUCAGGUUCUAUCAAGUUUGAGGAUGUGGUGUUACGUUACCGACCCGAACUUCCUCCUGUAUUACAUGGUGUCUCCUUCACAGUAAACCCUAGUGACAAGGUUGGAAUAGUUGGACGAACUGGAGCUGGGAAAUCUAGCAUGCUCAAUGCAUUAUUUCGUAUUGUAGAGCUCGAAAGGGGAAAAAUAUUAAUUGAUGACUACGAUAUUGCCAAAUUUGGACUCACUGAUUUACGUAAAGUAUUAGGAAUCAUACCUCAAGCACCUGUUUUAUUCUCAGGAUCUGUGAGGUUUAAUCUGGAUCCUUUCAAUGAACAUAAUGAUGCUGAUCUUUGGGAAGCUUUGGAGAGGGCCCAUUUGAAGGAAGUCAUUAGGAGGAAUCCUUUAGGUCUGGAUGCUGAGGUCUCUGAAGCUGGAGAAAACUUCAGUGUUGGUCAACGUCAACUUCUAAGUCUUGCUCGGGCUCUGCUCCGACGAUCCAAGAUUUUGGUUCUUGACGAAGCAACUGCUGCUGUUGAUGUGAGAACUGAUGCUCUAAUCCAGAAAACAAUACGAGAAGAAUUUAAAUCAUGUACAAUGCUCAUAAUUGCACAUCGACUUAACACUAUUAUUGACUGUGACCGCAUCCUUCUUCUUGAGGCUGGAAAGGUUCUUGAAUAUGAUACCCCAGAGAAGCUUCUCUCAAGUGAAGAAAGUGCCUUCUCCAAGAUGGUUCAAAGUACUGGAGCUGCAAAUGCUCAAUAUUUGCGCAGCCUUGUACGCAAAGAUGUAGUUGAAAAUAGGUCAACAACUAGAGAUGAUUAUGGGCUAGAUGGGCAAAGGAGGUGGUUGGCAUCUUCAAGAUGGGCAGCAGCAGCUCAGUUUGCCCUUGGUGUUAGCUUAACAUCAUCGCAGAAUGACCUUCAACAGUUGGAGAUUGAAGAUGAGGAUAACAUUCUGAGGAGGACAAAGGAUGCAGUCAUUACGCUACAGGGUGUCUUGGAAGGAAAGCAUGACAGAGCUAUUGAGGAGACUCUCGAGCAAUACCAAGUUCCUAGAGAUAGAUGGUGGUCGUCUCUAUAUAAAGUUGUUGAAGGUCUUGCAGUGAUGAGUAGAUUGGGUCGAAGUAGGCUUCAUCACCCUCAUUACAAUUUUGAAGACAAGUCUAUUGACUGGGAUCAUGUCGAAAAUUGAGAAAAUUCAUGAGUUGAUUGUAUGUAUAAUUAUUUAUAAAAUUUGUGACCUUUUGCUUUUUAUCGAGUCUACUAACUACGAAAUAGACAGGUUUGACAAUGAUACUGUAAUACUGCAUUUUUGUAGCUCCAAAGCAUAGAUCCUCUAUUGCAAUCGGGGGAAUUUCUAUAUGUUGAAAAUUAAGAAUAUUAAUCUCCUUGAUUAGCAAUCAGUAAACGAUAAUUUAGCUUGUUGCUAAUUCAAACUAUAAUUAUCCUUAAUUUAAAUAAUUUUGUUCAUCA